AAAACUAAAAACUGGUUUCAUGUUUACACUGUGGCUAUCAUUAAAUUUAAUGUUUUUGAUUUGUUCUGUUCAGCAACCGGUUGGAAUUAUUUCUCAACAAACAGUUAAAUAUCCAAUAGUCGAGUUUCAUGGCUCGUCAAAAUUAUGAUUAUCUUUUCAAAUUACUUUUAAUCGGUGAUUCUGGUGUAGGUAAAACGUGCAUACUUUUUAGAUUCAGUGAUGAUGCUUUCAACUCAACCUUCAUUUCUACUAUUGGUAUAGAUUUCAAAAUUAAGACUAUAGAGUUAAGAGGAAAACGUAUCAAGCUUCAGAUAUGGGACACUGCUGGACAAGAAAGAUUUCACACGAUUACAACCUCUUAUUAUCGAGGAGCCAGUGGAAUUAUGCUAGUUUACGAUAUAACUAACCUUAAAAGCUUUGACAGUGUAGCAAAAUGGUUAAGAACUAUAGAUGAACAUGCAAAUGAGGAUGUUGAAAAGAUGAUACUCGGCAAUAAAUGUGACAUGGAAGAUAAAAGAAUUAUUCCUCGAGAAAAGGCCGAGGCUGUAGCCAGGGAACAUGGAAUUCGAUUUCUUGAAACUAGUGCUAAAUCAAAUUUGAAUAUCAACCAAGCGUUCAUGGAACUAGCAGAGGCAAUUCUAAUAAAGAGAACCGCGGGAAGAGGAAGCUUGGAGGCUGCUGAUCGAGUUAACAUCACUCAAACGGAAAAUAAAAGCUUAAUAAGGUGCUGCAAUGUAUGAAAAAAAAUGUUUACAAAGGAAAAUUUUGCUGUUGACUUAUUUGGAGAAAAAUUUUGACUUACCAACCAAAGAGUGAUAAAUUCAACUAAAAAAGAAAGAUCAACUGAAAGCAAAACGGUUUACCGAAGGAUACUAAACAAUAAUUUUAACUAAUUAUAAUCAAUGGAUGAUUCUGAAUUCAUAACUGAGAUGUCAAGCAGCUAAACUGUUUUCGACUAUUUCCACCUUUUCCCCUAUACUUUCAUUCUUUCUUUUCCUCUAUUUCGCCUUCCCUUGUGUUAAUGCACUUUGACUCUCAAUCAUACUUUCCCCUUCACUUUUGCUUACAUCCUGUUUUUGCUUUUGUUUAUCUCUCUAUCUCUCUCUCUAUUUAUCUCUCUAAUUUUCUCUCUUACUAUCUCUUUUUGUCAAUCUCAAGAUAAAAUAGUGUUUCGAUAUUCAACAACUCUGAAACUAUAAAAUUAUAAAAACACACAAAUUAUUCUCUACUCCAAAAUCGUGGUAAAUAUGCAAUGGCAUGACAAUAUGAAUUUAUGGAGCUUUCAAAAAAUACAAGCCAAAUCAAGUCAACAACUAAAGUCAAAGAUUGUAACAUCGGCCAGUGAAAAGUUAUCAUUUGCAAUGGACGAGACAUAGAAAUUUACUCAUUUUAUGCAUCAAGAUAUACUCAACAAUACUAUCAUUCAUUUAAAAUUUGAACCUAAACCCGUUCAUGUUUAUUCUGUUUUUGUUUCUGUUUUGUUUUGUUCCUAUUUUUCUCUCUUUUUUUUCUUUCUCUCUAAAUUACUGUCAAAUGUUUAUCAUUAGAUUUAGAAACCAUUUUCUAACCAAUUUUUCACCUUGGAGUUAACCUUAUCAAUGACCAUGGUCAUCAUCAUAACCAAGAAAACGAAGGAUAUAAAAAUAAUUGAUUGCAAAAUCAAACAUUUGGACGAAUUAUCGAGAGGAAUUGGUCAGAAUUACAGUUGAAAUGAAAAGGGUUAUCCAAAUGGUUUUUACAAGACAAACAAAAGCAAUCAACAAGAUAAAGUCAUCAUGAUGGAAGCUCAGAAACAAUUAUUUAUAUUAUUAUUAUCUUGCCUCAAUAAUUGUCAAAUUUGGUAUAUAAUAAUAAUACAAAAUACGGAUCUCUUCAUUUCUUUCUCAUACCCAUACACAUACAUAAAUACACACAAAAUCAACCCCAAAUUUUAUUAGAGUCUGUUACAAUUAAGUGAAAAAAAAAUCUCAAAACAAAUUCUUUUUCUUUCUUUUUUUCUUAAAAUACUGAAAUAAGAUGAAAUUUUGUUACUUU